AUGGAGCCAAUUCAACGCAGCUGGAUGACCAUGUCGUAUUCCUCUAUCUGUCGACGGGUUACGAAGGUAUUUGGGGAGUUUUUCAAGGGGAGGUGCGGCAUCAAGCCCCAGCCUGGAAAGGUGGAGACGUUGAGCACAGUCGUCUCGCCAAAAGACUACAAGCGGUUGUGGUCGCUUUUGGGUUUACUCUCGUUCCACCGAAGGUUCGUGCCAGGGUACUCCGACAAGGUGCAGCCCUUCCAGGAGCUCACGAACAACCAAAAGACCCAAAGCGCGCGACGUGACUCCCACGAAGUAGCAAUGCGACAGGUAAUCGAGGACCUCGCAAAUGCUGACUACUUGGUAGCUCCCGACCCGGAUGCGCAGCUUGUACUGAAUACCCACGCCACUCAGUACGUGGUAGGAGCGAUAUUAGGUCAGGUCAACGACGGCAGGAUGGAAGUGACCGAGUACGUAGCAAGAAGCUCACUCAAGCUCAACGUAAUUAGGACGUGGGAGAAAGAGAGUUACUUGUGGGCGGUCGAAGUACUUUGUGACCAAGUGGGACGCUUACAUACGGCUAAGACCCACCCUGGUCGUUAG